ACCAGUGGUCAAUAUUAGAUGAUGAGACUUUCCCAUACUUUCCUCUAUCCUCUCCACUCAUGCCAGCGUCUGUUCGGUGUUUAUUAAACAGUUAACCAUGGCUGCUUUUCUUACUCUUCACAGUCUACAUGGCUCUCUUCUUCGAUCCCAGUUCCUGGGCCAAGACCACAAAAAGCAAUUCACGUUUCACAGAAAGGCAACACCAUCCACAGCACAAACAAGGGCUAAAUUCAACAUGGCAGAAAUCUUGGGAGGCAGAGGGCUAUGCAACGGAGAAAAAGGUAUUGAACAAGAGCUGAAGAAGAAAGUGGAAGAGCAGGCACCACCAGCAAGCGGAACAGAGCAAGAAGCAAACUCAGGUGGGCCGGCCCAAGCAACGACUGUUCCAGAGGAUGCCUUCGAGAAAGAAAUGAUGGGGUUAACAGGAGGAUUUCCAGGAGGAGAAAAGGGUUUGGAAAAAUUUAUCCAGGAAAAUCCUCCACCUCCCAAACAGUCAUCAUCAGGUAAAAUAACUGACCUUAAACUCUCCAACAAGCCAAAAGCACCGGAAUUACCGCUCUUGUUGCCAGGGAUGAUUGCAAUAGUCAAAAACGAGAAUAACCCGUAUUACAUGUACUGUGGUAUUGUACAGCGGAUCACAGAUGGCAAGGCAGGGGUUCUGUUUGAAGGAGGAAACUGGGACAGGUUGAUUACUUUUCGGCUGGAAGAACUGGAACGCAGGGAAAAAGGUCCUCCAAUGAAAAACCCCAAGUCUGCUGUGCUCGAACCAUUUCUUGAAAAGAAAUCAAAGUAGGCAGGGUCUUAGUUCUCCGUUGUAAAGCAUGUUUAUUAGUUAUUUAUAUAGUACAAGAUCCAUUCUGCAAUUGAAACAUCAACCAGGAUCGUUGUCGGUCCCUAUAUUCCAAAAUCAAUUAUUCAAUUACAUCAAUUACUACAACAACGUAGAAAUAUCAAUCACGGAUUUCCAUUCCA